CCUGGAAGCCGGAGCUCGCUGGUAUGAGACUCGUGGCCUUCGCGUUUCUUGUGACGACUGUCGCCCACGAUGCAAACGCACUGACCCUUCCUGAGAGCACAGGAAGGAGCGCUGCUGGUCCCGGCGGAUGUGCUCCAGGUGAAGAGUACACCUGCGUCAGUGGAGACUGUGGAGAGAAGACGUGCGAAGAUGCCGCGGACAGUAACAAAAUCUGCGCACGGACCUGCAUCACGGGCUGUUUCUGUGCUCCGGGCCUGUUCCGGCGUUCUUCUGACCGCAGAUGCGUAACAAAAGAGCAGUGCCUCAACACCAUGUUGCCCAUGGUAGCGGACUCUGGCAUGCGAUGAUACGGUGGCAAAACCACCGGUACCAUCGGCGCUUUCUCACUGUCCCCGCGACGUGUGGUUCACGUAGUUUCCUUAAUAAAU